AUGAUCAAAAGGCAACAACAAGAGCAAGAGAGGGAGAGGCGUCGGAUCGCGGAGCAGCGCCAGGCGGAAGAACAGGCCAAAGAAGAGAACCGAAGACAGCAUCUCGCCGCACAGCAGGCCCAGGCACAGCUUGCAGCGCAGCAGCAGCAAAACCGGCACGUCAUGGCACAAGCUAACGGCGUUAGCCAAGGACCUCAAUCCUCGCCAGUGGUACGCAACCAGACUCCUCUCAACACUUCAUCUCCGCUCGUCGGCAAUGCGAUGGCAACGCAGGCUAGCGUGCCUAUGGCGAUGACAGCUUCCAUGCAGGGUGCUGGUAGCCCACAGAGACCUCCCUCUGCUUUGCAGCACGCCCAUCCCAACAUGAUGAGCCACCCAAUGGGGCCGUCUAGGAGCCAGCAAGGACAAAGCAGACAUGGUACGCCACAAAUGACGCAGGGAACACCAGCCAUGUCCCAAGCGACUCCAAUAAUGCGCAAUGUUACACCCACUCAGCGUAUGAGCCAUGCUAGUCCACCACGCUCCUCUAUGGCCCCCACGCCUGUUAUGAAUCAGGCUGUGAUGGCGACACCGCAGAUGGGAAGUCAAUCCUUCAAUCACCAGCAGCAGCAAUUCCUUAUGCAAAGGCAGCAACUCCUCGCACAGCAAGGACAGCAUUUGAACCACAGUCAGCUCACUCCGCAACAGUUCGCUCAGUUACAGGCAAAUAUGCUUGCGCAGAAUAACAUCCAGAACCAGCAGCAGCAGCAGAUGAUGCAGCAGCAGCAGCAGCAACAACAACAACAACAACAACAACAACAACAAAAUCACCAGAAUCAACAACAGAAGUUUGCCAAUCCCCAGACAUACCAGGCUCAGAUGAUGCGCGCGCAACUCAUGCAGAUGCAGCUCGCCCAACAGCAGCAGCAACAAAGGCAACAGCAAUCACAACAGCAGCAACAAGCGCAGCCGCAAGGCCAGCAACAGCCACAGCAUCAACAAGGACAAAUGCUUCAAAACAGCCCUCAGCUCAACGCCCAGCAACAGCAGAUGUUGAUGGCAGCGGCACAAGCUAACGGCGGCCAACUCCCGCAAAACAUGCAGGGCAUGGGUAUGCAGCCGCGAAUGAGUACUCCAGCGCGGUACAACCAGCUCUAUCAGCAGCGGCUUUUGAGACUACGGCAAGACAUGGCUACGCGUCUGAUGCCACAGUACGGACCACCCACGCAAUAUCCGCCACAGGUUGCGCAGGAGUACAGUGUUGGCCUUGAAAACGCUGCUAAGGGCUUCGUGCAAGACCUCAUUCGCAGGGAGCGUGUCGAGUUUGCUGCUGCUCAACAGCGACAAGCCCAGGCUGCUGCCCACGCCCAGGCAGUGCAGCAACAGCAGCACAACAUGAUGCAGAAUGGAAUGGGCAAGUAAGGAUUUA